CACUACGGCGCGAUCUCGCUGGGGACACCUCCACAGACUUUUAACGUGGCUUUCGACGUCAUGACCAGCGACGUGUGGGUCCCUGCACAGACACCAGGGGCUCACCACCUUUACAACCACAGUGCGUCGUCGACGUAUCAAGCCAACGGAUCCUACUUCAACUCGCCCUACGUUACUGGAAUUCUGUCGGGUGACGUGCUUGGAAUCGGCGACGUGGAAAUGCCAAGCCAAUUCUUCGGCGAAGCGAGUGACACGAGUCGCCUGGGGCCUGGAUACCCGUAUGCACCGUACGACGGGAUCUUCGGACUGGGCUUUGACGCUGCGAGCCAGGCAGGCGUCGAGACGCCACUGCAUCAUCUACUGUGCCUAGGUCUGUUGGAGAGCAAGAUGUUUUCGCUCUACAUCGGAAGGAGCGGCAACUUGGGCGAGCUCCUGCUUGGAUCGUAUGAUGCGAGUCGAUUCAAGGGCGAGUUGGUGUAUAUCAACACUGUAUCGCCUAAUGUGUGGGCGGUGAGGCUUGAUGAAGUUCAGGUAGGAGAGACUACAAUGUCCGUGGACUCCGCAGCCACAUUUUUCACUAUGGGCGCCUACAUUUUUGGACCAUCGGAAGCGAUCUCGAGCGUAGCAAAGACGUUGGGCGCGAAAGAGGAAGCGCCGGGGGUGGGAAUGUACUCCAUUGACUGCGAGUCCAGUCCGCCAGAGAUUACGUUUGUGUUGAACGGGCAUGCCUUCUCGAUCUCGAAGGAGGAAUACAUGUUGCGAGUGGGUGAGAAGUGUAUGCUGGCGUUCGUCGGAGGAAUUCCAUCAUGGGUUCUCGGGACGGCGUUCCUCGGCAAGUACUACGCUGUCUUUGACAUGAGUGGCAACGCACCUCGGAUUGGAUUGGCACUGGCU